CUAUCCCAUUACAAAACAUUAAUCUUCCUAGUCCUUUCUAAGAUUUGUCAAGCUCUAGCUCCUUUUUCAUCUUUAAGCAUUCGGUAUCUCAAAUCUCAAACUGAUUAACAGUACCAAUGGCUUCAGUUAUAUCUGAAACAAUAACCACCAAUUCCUCACCGGAAAACAACGUUACGAUCACCGAAAAAAUAUACACAAGAGUCCGUCUUGCUACGAAGGCUGAUCUGUCCCAUAUAUACCAACUAUUUUACGAAAUCCAUGUAUACCACAACUUCACUCAUUUGUACAAAGCAACCGAAUCCUCCUUAGCGGACUUGCUCUUUAAAGAAAACCCUCUUCCUCUUUUCUACGGCCCAUCCGUGCUUCUACUCGAAGUAUCCCCAACCCCUUUUACCGAAUCCAGGCAUACCACGGACGAAGGGUUCAAGCCCGUCCUUACAAAGUUCGACCUUAAAUUCCCCGUUGUUGAAGGACAGGCGGAGGAAUUCAGGUCCAAAUAUGAUGAUGGGAACCAUAAGAGUGAUGCUUUUAUUGCAGGAUAUGCUUUCUUUUACGCGAAUUACUCCUGCUUCAAUGACAAACCUGGAUUCUAUUUUGAGAGCCUUUACUUUAGGGAAAGUUACAGAAAGUUGGGAAUGGGGAAAUUGUUGUUCGGAACUGUUUCAACCAUUGCUGCGAACAAUGGCUUCGUUUCCGUAGAUGGAAUAGUUGCAGUUUGGAAUAAGAAGUCUUAUGAUUUUUACAUAAAUAUGGGAGUUGAAAUAUUUGAUGAGUUUAGGUAUGGGAAGUUACAUGGUGAAGCUCUUCAAAAGUAUGCUGAUAAGGAGAAAAAUGAUGACGCAAGCUGUUAAUUGAUUUAUUUAUUUUAAUUACCUUAUUGUUUUCUUGAUCAUGCAAUUUAUCAAAUUCUUCAUAUGUACUUUCUAU